ACAGGGCCAGCCAUGCCAGAAGACGGCCCGAGGAUCGACGUGCGACGGGAGGGCGCCGUGCUGGGCAGCGUCGCGCUGAGCGGGGCCAAGCGCCGGUGGCUCAUCGGCCGCUCGCUCGACGCGGACCUCGUCGUCAACCAUCCUAGCGUCUCGCGCUCGCACGCGGCGAUCACCGAGGAGGGCGGCGCGUUCUUCGUGACUGACCUGGGCUCAGCGCACGGCACCAAGGUCGCUGGCACGCCGCUCGCGCCGCAGCAGCCCUUCCGCCUCUUCGACGGCCUGCCAAUCACGGUUGGCGGCGCGACGCGCACUCUCGUCCCCGUCGGCACCGUCGCGGCGCUCGGCGCUGCUCUCGUGCUGUCGGCGCACGCGAAGACGGUGACAUGCCUCGCGCUCGACCGCGCGGGCAACCGGCUCGUCACGGGCGGGUCGGACUCGGACCUCUACUUUUGGGACUACGCCGGCAUGACGCGAGAGCUGAGGCCGUUCCGGCACAUCGCCGAGCCGCUGGGCGCGUACCAGGUUCGCUCGAUCUCCUACUCCCCAAACUGCGACCGCGUCGCGGUGGCGGGCUCGUCCAACCAGCCGGUCAUCCUCGACCGCGACGGGCGCAAGCUCGCAACGAUGAUGAAAGGCGACAUGUACAUCCGCGACAUGCGGCACACGCGCGGACACGUCGCGGCGUGCACGGCUGCGGCGUGGCACCCCUCGGAGCACGAGACGCUGGCGACGGCGUCGGAGGACGGCACUGUGAGGCUGUGGGACGUGGAGGUCGCCGCCGCGCGUGGCAACGACGCCUCCUCGCUCAACGUGCAGAGCGGCCAGCGGGCGGUCUACGUGCUGCGCGACGCCAAGGGCGUCAAGACGCCGUGCACCGCCGCCUCGUGGGCCCCCGACGGCAGCGCGAUCCUGUCGGCCGGCCGCGACGGCUCGAUCCAGCUGUGGGAGAUGCGCGCCAAGCCAUACCAGCCCGUGCAGCUGGCGAUGCGCGCCACGCCGCGCUCCGAGUACAUCGCAGACAUCAGCAAGCCGACGUCUGCGGCGCGCGCGGCCCAUGCGGCGGGAGAGGACAUCUCGAGCCUCACCUGGCGGAGGGACGGCGUCACGUUCGCCUCCCGCUCGACGGAUGGGUGCCUCAAGCUGUGGGACACGCGGCGGCUCGACGCGCCCCUCGCCGCGUGGGGCGACUUGCCUGCGCUGCUGCCGAUGACCGGAUGCGACUUCUCGCCCGACGGCUCGGUGGUGGUCACGGGCACGUCCGUCAAGCGCGGCUCGGGCGCCAAGCCGACGCUCGCCUUCUUCUCGACGCGCACGCUGAGCCGGAUCGCGACGCUGGAGGUUGACGGCGCGAGCGUGGUGCCUCUGCUGUGGCACCCGCGCCUCAACCAGAUCGUGAUCGGAAACGCCGACGGCAAGGCGUACACGCUGUACGACCCGACCGUCUCCGAGAAGGGCGCUCUCUUCUGCUCCGUCAAGGCGGCGCCCAAGCGGGGGAUGCUCUCCUACUCGGGGGAGGGCUUCUCAAAGGCGAUGCAGAUCAUCACGCCGCACGCGCUGCCAAUGUACCGCGAGGAGAACGACGACCACCGCAAGAAGCGCCAGAAGGACCGCGCGGACCCGCUCAAGUCGCGCAAGCCGGAGCAGGUGCUGACCGGUCCGGGCCACAACGGCAAGCUCAGCGUCGGCUACCAGCAGGCGCUGCUCGCGACCAUGUCUGGAGGCACGUCCGGCCUCACCGGCACAAAGGACAAGAUCGCCGCCUUCCAGAACGAGGACCCGCGCGAAGAGCUGCUCAAGUACGCAAAGAUCGCCGAGGAGCAGCCGCUGUACGUCACGCCCGCCUACUCUCACAACCAGCCGACCGGCGCCGACCCGACGGCGGGCACGUACCCCAAGUUCGCAAAGACGGACGACGGCUUCUAUUAG